AUGUGGAGGCGCCGGCUACUCGUGGCCACCCUCUGCCUCCUCUGGGCCGGGGCGCGGGCUCAGUACGAGCGCUACAGUUUCAGGAGUUUCCCGCGCGACGAGCUGAUGCCCUUGGAGUCUGCCUACCGCUACGGCCUGGACCAGUACAGCAGCGAGAACUGGCCGGAGAGCGUGAGCUACCUGGAGAUGAGCCUGCGGCUCUAUCGCCUUCUGCGGGACAGCGAGGCCUUCUGUCACCUCAACUGUAGCUCCGUCCGCAUGGAGGAAGAGAAAGAGGCCGACCGUUUCGAUGGUUUCCCGGAGCUGCGCUAUUUCGGGGACAUGCUACGCAGAGCACAGUGCCUGAAACGCUGCAAGCAAGGGCUGCCGGCCUUCCGCCAGUCUCAGCCCAGCCGGGAAAUGCUGGAAGAAUUCCAGCGCCGCGAUCCCUACAAGUUCUUGCAGUUCGCCUACUUUAAGGCAAACAAUUUUCCAAAAGCUGUUGCAGCCGCACAUACAUUUCUUCUGAAACAUCCGGAGGAUGAAAUGAUGAAAAGGAAUAUGGCGUAUUACAAAAGCAUGCCUGAUGCUGAAGAUUAUGUUAAAGAUUUAGAAAUCAAAUCGUAUGAGACUCUCUUUGUCAGGGCAGUAAGGGCCUACAAUGGAGAAAACUGGAAGACCUCAAUUUCAGACAUGGAACUGGCACUUCCUGAUUUCUACAAAGCCUAUGAUGAUUGUACAGCUGCCUGCGAAGGCUCCCGAGAGAUCACAGAUUUUAAGGAGUUUUAUCUGUCUAUCGCAGAUCACUAUAUUGAAGUUCUUAAGUGCAAACUGAGAUGUGAAAUUGAUCUGACACCUGUCAUAGGGGGCUACGUUGUGGAAAAAUUUGUGGCAACUAUGUAUCACUACUUGCAGUUUGCCUAUUAUAAAUUGAAUGAUUUGAAGAAUGCAGCUCCAUGUGUUGCUAGUUACAUGCUUUUUGACCAGAAAGAUGAAGUGAUGAAACAGAAUCUUGUCUAUUACCAAUAUCAUAAAGAUAAAUGGGGACUCACAGAUGAAGAUUUCCAGCCUAGAGCUGAAGCCAUUCGAUAUUACAACAUAACAACGCUUCAGAAAGAAAUGUAUGAAUUUGCUAAGGAGUAUGUAAUGGAUGAUGAUGAAGGUGAAGUAGUAGAAUACCUUGAUGAACUCCUGGAAGUAGAAGAUGGAACACAGUGAUUUUUAACAAGUAAAGAAGGUUAAGAAGCGAAUAUUCACCAUUGCUCCUAAGUAUUUCCAUGCAUCAUCUUUAGCUCAGGUUUAGAAAUACCUCAGGUCUUUAUCAAGCUUCAUAAGAUGCCCGACUUAUCCUGUGAAUUUUCUACCUUGCCAUUCAGCUGAACCUUGUUUUUCUUUAUUUCCUUUUUUAAAACUAUUAUUAUUAAAUUUCUUUGGCACCUAUCUCACUCUGAGGCUGCUUUAUGCGACUCCCAAUCAUAAAAAAUAAAGAAAUAAAAAGGAAGUUUAAACAAAAGAAAAAUAAAAUAGAACAAUGUGGAAUAUUUUGAGCAAUUUUUUCUAGUCAUUUUACUAAGCAAAGGCAUCAUGAUUUAGAUGGGAUUUUGACAGAUGGGAGAUAUGGAUCUUUGUGAUUUGUUCUGUAUGAAAAGAGUUUUCAAAUGAGGAAUAGAAUAUGAAUCCUUCAAAUAAGUAAAGGCACAACUCUAUAAUUUUAAAGGAUGGUUUAUGUAUUAUACUGCACAGUGCAUUUAAAUAAAGUCUGAGUCUUAAGCCACAAGCACAUACUUUGAAAUAGCUGAAACUGCAGUCAUAUACUUACAAGCUUACAAGUUCAAACUUACAUGUAGUCCCCAUCUUAUGAUCUGAUAUCAAAGCUAUGGGGGGGCC